UGGUAUCAGAUCGGGGCUCCACGUGCAUCCGCCCUGCUGUCUGGCGCUGGCCCGUUAUUGCUCCCGGCGAGAGUGGAAAGCACAGCAGGCGAGGCGGCCUAUGAGGAGUUUUUACAAUGGAAUCCCUGGAUAAAACAAUCAAUAGCUAUCUGGAUGUGUGGCUUGGACCAAGAGAUCCCAGAGUAAAAGGGUGGCUUCUCCUGAGUAAUUACACACCUACCUUUAUUUUUUCUGUCUUAUACUUACUGAUCGUAUGGUUGGGACCAAAGUAUAUGCAGAACAGACAGCCAUUCUCAUGCAGGGGUAUUCUAGUGGUCUAUAACCUGGGACUUACGUUGCUCUCCCUUUAUAUGUUUUAUGAGCUGGUGACGGGAGUAUGGGAAGGAGGAUACAGUUUCUUCUGUCAGGAUACGCACAGUGGAGGUGAAGCUGAUAUGAAGAUCAUACGUGUCCUCUGGUGGUACUACUUCUCAAAGCUCAUUGAAUUCAUGGAUACCUUCUUCUUUAUUUUGCGGAAAAAUAACCACCAGAUCACUGUUCUUCACGUCUACCACCAUGCAACGAUGCUGAACAUCUGGUGGUUUGUUAUGAACUGGGUGCCUUGUGGUCAUUCCUACUUCGGUGCUACUCUUAACAGCUUCAUUCAUGUGCUCAUGUAUUCCUACUAUGGGUUAUCUGCAGUUCCAUCCAUGCGUCCCUAUCUGUGGUGGAAGAAGUAUAUCACUCAGGGACAGCUGACGCAAUUUGUCCUGACAAUCUUCCAAACGAGCUGUGGAGUUGUGUGGCCAUGUGCAUUCCCUAUGGGAUGGCUGUAUUUCCAGAUAUGCUACAUGAUCUCCUUAAUAAUCCUCUUCACCAAUUUCUAUAUUCAAACUUACAACAAAAAGGCAGCUUCCAGAAGGAAAGAGUAUCAGAAUGGCUCCAUGGCUGCUGUGAACGGGUACACAAAUAGCUUUUCUUCCCUCGAGAAUAAUGUGAAGCAAAGAAAACAAAGGAAGGAUUGAAAACCAAACUGAGAGGCCAUUUUGAUAUUCCAGGCAACAACACACAAAAAAAAUCAUCUGAUUGUAAGCACAAUACAAGUUGUGCACUGAUAACUCUUUGACAGCUACUGUAACUAUUCCUGCCUAGAAUAGUGGCGAUUUAUGUAGGACUUAACCAGUGCAAAACAUCCUAGAAACUAUCAAGUAGGCUAAAGUUGUGGACGACAAUAAGUUUUGGGUGGUCACAGACCCGAGUAUAAACUGUGGAAGGGAGUAUUAUUGUAGUGUGAGUGUGUGUAUAUAUAUAUAUGUAUGUGUGUAUAUAUAAUAUACAUAUAUAUAUAUAAUGACACUGCUGUUGCCUUACUAGUCAAUGAUAGGUGCUGAAUUAUGAUUCACAAUUUCAGAACACUGUAAUCAAAACUCAUAUUUUUUAACUGUAGAUAGUGCAUGUGAUUGUAAUUUGUACAAUGAAGUUGUUUGGUUGUUUUAUUUUAUUUUUAUUUUCUGUAGUUUGAAGCACACAUGCCUUAAAUGAAAUAAAAGCAGAACCCAAAACUUAAUACUGGUUGGAAAGUCAUGGAAAUGUUUCACUCUGGGAGUGACUUCUCACAUGACAGUUUAUACUCGGAUGCAGAUACCCAAGUAUGCAUUGUGUCAGUUACGAAGGGUCCUUGUGAGGAAAAACCUAGUGGGCUUUUCCAUUCAAAAUGCGUGUAAGCAGCACCCCAAAAAUACUGGUAACCAGAGUGCAAGCGUUUUUGCAUGUGUCCUUUUGUGGGUGCCACGGUAUGCAUUUAUCCUGUAUGUGGAGAUCACAAGACCAGAAUACACCCUAAGAAGCCACCCCAGGUUGCUUGACUCUUUUUUGGAGUCUGUCCAAAAAGCCAUUGCUUGAGUUACUGUACUGUGUACUACACAUUGUUUGCUACGUGUGGUGAUGGAAUUGGAAAUGGCAAGGAGAAAUUCUCCACCAUGUGUCCCGUACAGAAUGAAGGGGACAUGGCCAGAGUAUGGCCAUUUAUUCCUGUCAAAGCUUGUGCAAAAGAUCUUGUUGGACCACAGUUUGUGCCACUUGUAACGCUCACAAGCCUGAAGAAGGUUUUAAAAAAAAAUUACUAGGCUUUGUUUUGCAUAAAUAACUGGCACUUACGCAGUAUCUAAAAACGUAAUGCUGACUUCGUAAGUAUUAGAAAAAUGUAAGGAGUGGGCAGAACAUCUUAGAGUUCCUGCCUCUUUUAAGAUCAGGGCUCAGUGUGGAGAUCUUGCUCAGCUCCUUGGAAGCUGCUGAGGAAGGAGGUGGGUUUGGGGGAGAAGACCUGUGGUCUCUACCCUCUCUUCCUUCCUUGAGUCUUUUUGAGGAAGGCGCUCACUGAAAGAAGCCCUAGCUGGUUUAUCACCUCUUUCACUGGUAGUUUUACAGAACGAGAGUGAAUAUCCAGGCUGCAGUGGGGCAACCCAAUUUCCACUGUACGUGACUUCAGCCACAGAGGCAGUUUCCAGUAUUGGGACUGGAGUGAUGGAGUCGCACCACUGCUUUCAAAAACAACUAAUUUGUUUAACCACAACUAAAAACACAACUCCGAGGCAAUAUGGGGCUUUGCCUUUCUAUCUUUCUUGGUGUUCCCGUUUGUGUAGCAAACAUUGACUUUGAAAAAUGUGCCUAACAGCAAGGGGUUUCAUUUGUUGUUGUUUGGGGGAGUGGGGGGGGGGAGAUGAAAAUGCAUUGGUGAUGAGUGUCUGUUUUCUUACUGUAUGUUGUGUGUAUCUCACCUGUACUUUCUUGGCUUGUUUAAGGUUUGUUUAGAAGUGCUUGUUGAAAAUUACUGUUUGUUGUGGAAUCCCAACCCUGACCCCGUACUUGCAGUGUCGGUUGUAAAAGCAGACAUCUGUAACAGAUAUGCUGUGUUAUGUGGUGGAGUUUAGCCUGUUAACAUGUUCAUCAAACUCGGUGUCGAGCCUAGCCUAUUAUUACUCAUAUUCCCCAGUUUAUAUGUUAUGAUUUGAUAUUUAUAUAAUAUCAGUUUUACCAUAUUUUUUGCACAGCUAAUGUUAGGGAACCAAUGAGUUCUCUCAGUUAGCUUUGUGGGUUUUCUUUUUGUUUGUUUCUGAAAAGUGAGACAGCAACAGUUUACAUUAUUUUUUAAAAAACUCUUUCAAAGCUUGUGUGUGUGUGUCUUGGUUUCUAGGUACUGAUUUGCAAACGUCUUUACAUAUUUCAUACAGCAGCUUCACUGUUCAAAAUAUGCUGUCUAAAUAAGUGUGCUAAAAAUAAAAAAAAAACCCUAGCUUGUCUGAAA